AUGGGUAACACUCAGCAGACUCUUAAGGUCAGAUUCAUAUCCAUCAAUCAGAGAGGACCCCAGGAAGACGAAUCCAAGAGAUCUGAGGAUGUUGAAUCAAAGUCGGUGUCAGAGAAAAACACUAAUAAUGCCCCUCCUAAGAACAAAAAGGUAUAUCAUGACGAAACUGAGGAGCUGAAGCAAGAAAAACUUUGGCAUGAUGCAGAGAAGAAGCAUCCAUGGUAUGAUGCCCCUCCUAAGGUCAAGGGUCUUUACCAUAUGAACAUAGAAUUCACAGCGGGAAUUACUCCAGAUGGAGUCUACCAUCUUUUAACUGAUCCACAAAGCGGUCCGUUUUUCGAUGUGAAGAAGUGGCGCAGACUUAUGGAAAACAAAUCAAUAAAAGUUUUGAUGGAGGAUGGACCAAGGCAGAUCGCAAAGGUGAAGAAAUCUGUGAUUUGCGACUUACUUUGGUGGUCUAUACCUAUCCCUAUAAAUCUAAUUGUCGAUGAAAACAAAAAAGAUCACAAGACAAAAUAUAAGAAAGAGAAAGUAAUGCUCAUGAAAGUGUUUGAGGGUGACUAUAAAGUAGAGCCAAUAUUCGCAGAUCAAGAACGCUUGUGCAAGCAUAGGUUACCAAAGAGUCGAGAAGAAUAUAAAAAAUGUAGCGGUGGAGAAGGAAAGAUUGCGUCAAAAGUAACGAUGAACCAAUACUUUCAGCCAUAUCUUCUCUUUAAUAUACCGCCGGUUUCUUGGUGCAUCCGUGGAAUCACCAUCAAAACCGCCAAAACUCUGCUCGAAGCGCUUCAAAAGACGGCUACCGAUUUUCGAACGGCUACACGAAAUUACUAG